GUUCCCCCAGUGCCCGCCAUGUUCCUGGUGAAGGGGCUGCUGGGGGGCGGCGGCGGGGGGGGAGGGGCGGGGGGGCUCCCGGGGGGGCUCCCGGGGGGCAUCGGCUCCGUGCUGGGGGGGCUGCUGAGCGGGGGAGGGGGCGGCGGCGCCGGGGGGGCCAUGGGGGUCCUGGGGGGCGUCAUCAGCGCCAUCAGUGAAGCCGCCGCCCACUACAACCCCGAGCCCCCCCCCCCCCGUGCCCACAUCUCCACGGUGGAUGCCAACGAGAGCGAGGAGGUUCGGCAGUUCCGGCGCCUCUUCACCCAGCUGGCCGGGGAGGACAUGGAGGUGAGCCCCACCGAGCUCAUGAACAUCCUCAACAGGGUCGUCACCCGCCAUCCCGACCUGAAGACGGACGGCUUCGGGCUGGACACCUGCCGCAGCAUGGUGGCCGUCAUGGACAGCGACACCACCGGGAAAUUGGGGUUUGAGGAGUUCAAGUACCUCUGGAACAACAUCAAGAAGUGGCAGUGUGUGUACAAACAAUUCGACACCGACCGCUCGGGGACCAUCGGGCCCCAGGAGCUGCCGGGGGCGUUUGAGGCCGCAGGGUUCCGGCUGCCCCCCCCGCUCUGGGCGGUUUUGGGGCGUCGCUACGGGGACGAGGGGGGGAACCUCGACUUCGACAACUUCAUCAGCUGCCUCGUGCGCCUGGACGCCAUGUUCCGUGCCUUCAAGUCCCUGGACCGGGACGGGUCGGGGCAGAUCCGCGUCAGCCUGCAGGAGUGGCUGCAGCUCACCAUGUACUCCUGAGGGGACCCCCCAGGACCUUCCAGGACCCCCCAGGACACCCCAAAACCUCCUCGGACACUCCAGGACCCCCCAAAACCUCCCUGGACCCUCCAGCUGCACCCCUGGCUUCCACAAUCUGCACCCCCUCCCCAAAUAAAAACCCCCCAGCCUCA